GAUAAGGCUUUUAUUCUGAAGGUCAUAUGGUCAAGAUAAACAAAGCAGCAACUGGUCGCUGAAAGCUUACUUUUGAUUUCUCUGGUUUAGUCUCGAAUAUUAAAACGAGCCGUGGACAUCAUCUUUACAGGAGCUGAAGUUUAAACCGGACAAAGAAACGUGGUCAUGGCCCCGACAUUGUAUGAUGAGAAACCGAAGCUUGGGGACUUGAUUGAGAUCUCCAGAGUAUCCUAUCAUCACUGGGCCGUGUAUGUAGGCGAAGGCUGUAUAGUCCAUUUGGCACCACCAUCAGGGAUCUCGGGGCCGAGUGCAAACAGCUUGAUGUCCGUUGUAGCUGACAAGGCUGUUGUGAGGAAAGAGGAGCUGUGGUCAGUGGUGGGAGACAACGAGUGGAAAAUCAACAACGCCCUGGACAAGGAGUACGAGCCCCGCCCGGCUGAGGUCAUUGUGAGGGAGGCCUGUGCGAUGGUGGGCACCGUGCUGCCGUACUGCGUCUUCAGUCAGAACUGUGAGCACUUGGCAAACGAGCUGCGCUACGGAAAGGCCGAGUCCCGGCAGGCGCGUAAUGCCAGACUGGUCUCCUGGUUGGCUGUUUUAACGGCGGUCGUGGUCGGCGUUGGGAGACUCAUCAUCAGAUAGUCAAUCAACAACCAGUGAUUGAAGUCGCCAAAGCCAAACUUUUACUCAUUAAGAACUAUCAGAAAACGCAGCUUCAUUUUUAUGUUAUUCAUCUGCAUCUUGCUGCUUUACCUGCAUGUGACCCUCAAGCCUUCACUGUAAAAAAACACAAAAAACUUUUUUUAUGCAAUUAUCUAAUCAACCAAUCACAUGGCUGUUGUGUCAAUGCAUUUAGGGGUGUGGUCCUGGUCAAGACAAUCUCCUGAACUCCAAACUGAAUGUCAGAAUGGGAAAGAAAGGUGAUUUAAGCAAUUUUGAGUGUGGCAUGGUUGUCUGUGCAACAGCAGAAGACCCCACCGGGUACCACUCAUCUCCACUACAAAUAGGAAAAAGAGGCUACAAUUUGCAAGAGCUCACCAAAAUUGGACAGUUGAAGACUGGAAAAAUGUUGCCUGGUCUGAUGAGUCUUGAUUUCUGUUGAGACAUUCAGAUGGUAGAAUUAGGUGUAAACAGAAUGAGAACAUGGAUCCAUCAUGCCUUGUUACCACUGUGCAGGCUGCUGCUGGUGGUGUAAUGGUGUGGGGGAUGUUUUCUUGGCACACUUUAGGCCCCUUAGUGCCAAUUGGGCAUCGUUUAAAUGCCACGGCCUACCUGAGCAUUGUUUCUGACCAUGUCCAUCCCUUUAUGGCCACCAUGUACCCAUCCUCUGAAGCUACUUCCAGCAGGAUAAUGCACCAUGUCACAAAGCUCGAAUCAUUUCAAAUUGGUUUCGUGAACAUGACAAUAACUUCACUGUACUAAAACGUCCCCCACAGUCACCAGAUCUCAACCCAAUAGAGCAUCUUUGGGAUGUGGUGGAAGGGGAGCUUCGUUCCCUGGAUGUGCAUCCCACAAAUCUCCAUCCACUGCAAAAUGCUAUCCUAUCAAUAUGGGCUAACAUUUCUAAAGAAUGCUUUCAGCACCUUGUUGAAUCAAUGCCACGUAGAAUUAAGGCAGUUCUGAAGGCGAAAAGAGGUCAAACACAGUAUUAGUAUGGUGUUCCUAAUAAUCCUUUAGGUGAGUGUACAUCCACCCUCAAUAAAGAAGAUUGGAAUCACAUCUGCCUCUG